UACUAUCCCCACCAUGAGGAACCACCGUAUGAUACCUCGUCUAGAAACUUUGGAUAUUCUAUGUACCAAGACUCUGAUGGGGAAGAUUAUUAUGAACCUCAUGGUGAUCACGAUGACUAUGACCACAAUGGGCCUAUAUACGACGAUCAACCUGAUCCGGUCGUCGAAGAGAUCAUAAGAUUAGAACAGAAAAUCUUCUAUUUCGACGAACUUUUAUUCGCUGAAGGCUCCUGGUACGAACCACCCUACUCCCGUGACUACACUUUGUUUGCUGAAGAACAAAUUGAAGCAAACAAUGUGGCAAUUCGAGAAAGAGCAAAGCUUCUCGAAUCAGUCCGCAAGGAAAAGGAGUUCGAAAGGAUAUUAUGCGAAGGAUCAAAUAUGAUGCAGAAAAUGCUGGACCACUUCCAAGGAGAGAGACUAGAAGCCGAGGCUAAAGCUGAUAUAUUAGUCAAUGAUCUCUGUAAGGCUAUUGAGCUUAAACGCUCCCUCCAACCUCAAGAUCCACAAUUGGAGGAAGUUAAUGCUCAAAAAGAGACUCUAGAACCUAAGACCAACCCUGAACCAUCCAACCAUCAGGUGCCAAUUCUAGAAGAUUCACCAAGUUCUACACCAUCACAGAAACCCGAGAGCAUAACAACUCUUGCUGGGGCUACUGUGGUGAUGACACCCGAAUACCCUCCAAGCCAAGUCUCAACCGGCACAGUCGUACAUGAGGUGGAACCAACUGAGGGACCUGACUCAGAACCACCUACGCUCAUUCAAGAAAAGGAUGAGGAAGUUUUGCCUAGGGAAAUAAACGACCAUCUCCUUAAUUGUGUUGAAGACACACCUCCAGAGGAACCUGUUUUGGAGGAAAUAGAGCCCACAACAAACCCCCAAGAUUCCAAUGAGUCCAAGCAAGAAUCUACAGACGGGGAAAUACUUUGCUUAGAAAGGCCAACUCCGUCUAUAGAAACUCGUGCACAUAAUGCUUCAUCUGAAGGCUCGGACCAAACUUUCUUUGACUCCCUACUUGACGGGUGUGACUAUGUCUGCCCGAAGGAUGAUUGGAACUUAAAGAGUUGGGAUGAACUUCUGAUGGAUGUUGCUUGGAUGAUUCCGCAUGGAAACCGCCGCACAUUACAGAACCUGGAAGAGCUCCCCUUGCACUCAGAAGAAGCAAGGAAGAAGUUUCUAACUUGGGGGAACACGAAGAUGCUCCAGUCUCCCAUGGUGCUAGACCCUGCCUAUCUGGAUGAGCUAGGACACUGGCAGGACAUUGAUGAGUUUCUGUACAACCCAAAAUGGAGGAUCCUGCUGUUCCUGCAAGCACCAGCAAGCCUGGAAGUCACCAUCGAGUUUCUUUGCUCUCUCCGCUUCCACAAUGACGGAGAGGAAGUAAAGUCAACAGCUGAAGUCACCUCCACCACCAAGGUCACAUUCACUCUGAUGGGUCGACUGCUGAGCCUUACCGUGGCAGACUUAGGGUGGCUGAUUGGUCUUUACACACUUGAUGAAACGCGGAGCUUGGCCUUUCCUAAUCUGCCCGACCAGUUGGAUCUGGAGUUCGAUGUUAAGAAGUUCUGGCAAGCUCACGGGUAUGGACGAUAUCACAGUGGAGCGAGCAUGGCUAGGAAUUGGGUGCGUCCAUCUUGGAGAAUUUUACACCAUGCAUUGACUCAUAGCUAUCUUGGCCGUUCUCAUGACCCUGACGUGGUGUUUGAUUCCGAUAUGCUAUUUUUCUGGAGUCUGGAAGCGCGCGUACCAGUCAAUCUAGCAACUUUUGUGGCUCGAUUCCUAUUUGCUCAGUCGACUAGCAACCACCAGUUUGUCUUGUGUGGGCCAAUGGUUACGCUUCUGGCCCGAGGAUUAUGUAUGACGGUCCCCGAUGUUCUCCCAGAAGCCGCAAGCAUGUUCCGACCGUCGACAAGGUAUUUGACCCAGAUCGCUUAUAAUAAGGAGGACAAGGAGGCACGCCCCAGAAAGCAGCAUAGAAUUCCCAUGACCCUUCGCGAGCUUUCACAGGCUAUGUUUGCAUUCCAGGAUUCUAUGGACUCUCGCUUGAGGAGCAUGGAGACGCUCCUUCUUACGCAACAAUGGCAGGUGGAAGAAAUACUGGACCCGGGAGCAAGGAACAAAGAAAGCCGAGCACAAGGAAGGUGGGCGCCCUUCUACUCAAAGUCUUGCGGGGAGGAGGUAAGCCGUGGCGGUCAAAGAAAGCGUUCCCGCAUCGGCAAGAACGUGGGUUCUUCCUCGGCUCCUCCACCACCGGUGCACAAGUAUCUCGACGGGUCGUUCCUUUGGUUCAACGACCGCGAAGAGGCUGCAAGAUUCUCGGAGAAGUUUGAGCACCGGGAGAUUCUUCCUCCCCGGUUUUCCACUGGCCGCUUCAUUCAUGGAUCUAUUCCACGUGAGGCACGGGUUAUCCUCGAGCGUGGACGCUUCCUUGAGCUCCUAUACAUCAAGAAAAAUGACUACCACCCUUUUCUUGUUCGAGCCUUCUAUUCGAACUUGAAAAAGGAUGAGGACGGUUCGUUGAUUUCCAACGUCAACGGGGUGGAGAUCUAUUUGAAUGAGGAGAACAUUCAAAUUCUCACCGGGCUUCGUAGGGACGGACAGGAUCUCGGCCUAUAUGUCGGAGAAGAAGGAGCACGAUUCAACGAGGCCACCCUUUUGGAGCUAGUGGGAAUCCGCAAUUUCGUCCCCACUCCCCAACAGCGGCGUCCAACAAUCACUUCCAUGAGUCCCGUGUAUCGAUUCAUUUUCUAUGUUUUGACACAGAUUCUCAAGCCCAGGAAGUUCAACCACACCACUCUCUCCCAAGAGGACACGAAGACGCUUCAUGCGAUGAUCAACAACGCCAAUAUCAAUUGGUGUAAGUUUGUGAUGACUCACAUGUUCAACGCCACCUCCGACAACCGGCCGCUACCCUAUGCUCUUCUUGUCAUGGCGAUCCUUGAUGAGUUCCACAUCAAGACGGACGUCGGGCCAAAAUGCAAAGGGACGAAGCAUUGGGAGAUUGACGAGUCUUCCUUCUACCCGGGAACCGAUGAAGCUACGUUCCCGCAGCCUCGUCCUCGCCGCCAACCGAGAGCCGCUGCCUCGACCCCCACCACUUCGACAAAUCCGUCUCUCGCCGAGCAAAUGGCAGCUUUGACCACCACCCUCUCUCGGAUAGACACCAACGUCUCCAAAAAGGCACACAAUGUCGAUAUUUUGAGCCGUGAGCUUCACGGGUAUUUUGACUUUGUCAAUUACCCUUACGCUCAAAUGGUCCCCUACGUUCCUCCACCGAAUUUCGGAGGUGAACCAAGCGGGACUCAAAAUGUUGGUAGGGACGACGCGGUGGACGUUGAAGAAGAAGAAGCAGAAGAAGAAGAAGAGGAAGAAGAAGCCGAUGAUGAUGAUGAUGAUGAUGAUGAUGAUGAUGGCGAUGGUGAUGAAGAUGAAGAAAAUGAAGAAGAAGACAUUGACGAAGAACAACUUCUCAAUGAUCUCUCCCCGGAUUUCUAGAGCUCUAGCUCUAUUUUCUUCUCUUCCUUAUUUUAUCAUUUCUUUUUAUGUGCUUUUCGCUAUGUACUCCUCUAUUUCCCUUAAUUAAUUAAUAAAAAUCUUUAUGGUUUUUGUUAUUAAAUCUUUUUGUUAAUG